AUGGCACUAUAUAAUAGAUCUGCAAAUACACAUACUCUUGGGAAGAUUCAAAGCGAAGCAUUGGUAAUCCUCGAUCGCAGAGAUGAAACCUCUGCCGCAUACGAGUUCGCUGAUUUAGUCAGAUUGGUAUAUCUAGAGGAAGAAGACAUUUUUGUACCCGCGACCUACCAAGAAGUUCUAAAUCCAAUGAUGACUGAAACUGCCCCGCUCACAGACACUAAUGACCAGGAAAUAUACCCUGUCAAUAUGCAGACAGAUGAAACGACUACAGAAGCAGCUAGCAAAAGCGCUGACCACAGUAAGAGGUGCCGUGUCAAGAAGUGCCGUUUCAAGAAGGACCCCAGUGCUCCUUUUAUUGCCAAAGCUGAAGCUGAUCAGAAGCGCUACGAAAAGGAAGAGGCUGCUUACCAUGGCAUGGACGAGGAUUGA